AUGCCAUUAAUUGGUCCACCAAUAACCUACGACUGUCUGACGGAGCUUACUGAUGUAUUGGAUUGUACGUCUAAGAUAUACGAUAUUAUCGGACCUCACUACGAAUGGAACUGGCCUGACUGGGAGAAGCAUCUCGAGAGACAUGUCAGUAGCGACGACGAGCAGGAGAUCAGGAAAAGAGAUCCGGGUGAAACAGACGAUGAGUACAAGGAUAGAAUGUGCCGUAGAGCGGCAAGGCCUGAAAAGAGAGCUUGCGAAGAGGCAGAGUGGCUGAAAAGCGCCAUAAUCAUGACAAGGGCGCUUCAUUUUGCGCAGAGCAAGCACACGCAAGGAUACACACUUAAGAUUGAAAGCAUAACUGGAAGAUUGGAACAUUCCUAUUCACCUCAGAGAAUGUAUGAAUAUGUGGUGGUAUGCUUUAAUCAAGGCUGGGGUCGGAGGAUAUGGAAGCGGGACCUCCCAAUGCCUCCAAAUACUAUGUCCGAGGUUGAAAAUGGCAAAUGGUUCAGUGACAAAACAUUUUCUAUGGAACAAGAGAUAGUUGGAAAAUGGAACAAUGGUGUCGAAUUGGGCCAGAUCGUUGGAAGAAGGACACUAUCGAAUCUCGCGGGUGCCUCUAGCGUGCCUUUUUUUGCCUAUCUAGCGGGAUACUAA